AUGUCGAAGAAAGGAAACAAGAAGAAAGGAGGGGAUGAUGGAGAGAGAGAAGAGGAGGAAAAGGUUAUGGUUUUGGAACAUAAAUGCCGAGCUCUUUAGACUAGAUUUGUGGAGGAACAGGAAAGAGGUGAUAAAGCCAAAGCAGCUGAAAAUGAGAUCAGAGCCAGAGUCAUGGAGAUGGAAAAUGAUUUGAAGAAGGAGAAAGAUAAAUUAUUUUGCAUUGUAUCAGAUAUGACUAGAUAAUAUAAAUAAAUGCAAGAAGAAUUACUAAAAUAAAUUACUGAUUUAAGAUCCACUGAUGUGGAAAAAGAGGAAAUCAUUAAGAACAAAGAACAAUAUAUUCAAGACAUGGUUAAAGAUUAUGAAUAUAGAUUGAAGAAGAAGGAUGAUGAAAUUAGUGAGUUGAAACGUAAAAUUGAAGAGAUGUCAGCUGAAUUUGCUCGAAUGCUCAAAGACACUCUUGAUAAAAUGUAAGAGAGAAUAUAAUUGGCUCAAUGGGAUAAUGAUACUGAUCCUCAAAUCAUGAAGAAGAUAAAAGAUAUUGCUGGAAUGUAAACUCAUCAAUAAAAUUGA